AUGGCGGCGACGGCAACAAGCAUGAUAGGGCUGAAUGUGAUGUCAACAGUGAGCGUGGCGACGGCAGCGAUUCCGACCGCGGACAUGUUGGCGACUUUGAAGGUGGGGUGUGUGAAGAAGACAGUGACUUUGCAGUCGACUCGUCUGGAUCGAGUGCGGAAGGCACUCCUAACGUCUGAAGCACUGGCGCAUGAAUUUACCCAGAGCCAUGUUCACGCCGCCUUACACCCCAUACCUGGAGAAGUAGUACUUGUUGCCGCUCAGCUGCUUGAAGACAACACCAACUACCAACAAGUAUGGCACUCAAGAGCAGAUGGACGAAGACUGCGCGGCAUCGUAUUCAACUCAAGCGAGUACAACGUUUGUUUUGGCAACGCCGACGCCCUGCCCGUUACGACGUCACGAACCAAGACGUACAUGAAGUCCCUCCAAGGUCACAUUCCUCACGACGAGAAGGCGGUGAAUAUCAAGAUCAAGUACUUGUCCAUGUACUUCGUCGAAAUCAACGAGUCGAUCGAUAUUGAGCCCUGCAAUGAGAGUCCACUCCGGACCGAACAAGAGGUAAGUGACGAUGUAUCGGCUGAUUUCUAA